GCUUGUGCUAAAUAUGUCAACAUAUCGGCCUUCUCUCAAUAUUAGCCAACAAUACCGUGUGUUAUUAAAAAAAUCUUCAGUAUCGAUUUUCGAUAGAAGCAAAACGUCUGAUUAGUUCUUUCCAGAUUAUUAAAUUUAGUACCGCUCGACGAUCUUUUGUGUUUUCAAGUCCUCGGAGUGACCCCACCGCCCCACACUUCAUCGUAGUCUUUUGGUAACCACCACAGUCCGCCUCUGUAGCGCCUUGUCGCCGCCACUUGAGCAGCCAUGCCUCCCGGUGUUGAGACCGCGCCUCGGAGCACAUCCGCCGGCUGCUUCUGCGCCUGCUGCGGGGAGCAGAUGAGACCUUAUUUCACCGAGAACUCCGUGAUAUCUCAGGGGAACAUUUCUAAACUCAUCAGUGAAAGUUUCCUGACAGUUAAAGGAGCAGCUCUGUUCCUACCUCGAGGAAAUGGCUCCACCACAUCUUCCACCUCUCGCUUCUCACAGCUACGGAGCAAACACGCAGGAGACAUCCAGCAACAUCUACAAACCAUGUUUACUGUCCUCAGACCAGAGGACAACAUCAAACUGGCGGUUCGUUUGGAGAGUGUUCACUCUCAGGUCACCCGCUACAUGGUGGUUGUUUCAACCAACGGUCGUCAGGACACCGAGGAGAGCGUGGUGUUGGGAAUGGAUUUCAGUCCUGUAGAUAACUCUUGUUCUGUUGGUAUGGUUUUGCCUUUAUGGAGCGACACGUUGAUCCACCUGGACGGAGAUGGGGGUUUCAGUGUGUCAACUGAUAGCAGGGUGCAUGUAUUCAAGCCUGUUUCUGUGCAGGCCAUGUGGUCGGCCCUGCAGUCACUCCAUAAAGCGUGCGAGGUGGCUCGUUGUCACAACUACUUCCCAGGCAGCUUGUUCCUCACCUGGGUGAGCUACUAUCAGAGCAGGGUCUGCUCCGACCAGGUACGCAUCAAUGAGUGGAAUGCCAUGCAGGAUGUGCAGUCACACCGUGCCGAUUCACCAGUGCUCUUCUCUGACAUUCCUACAGAAAGAGAGCUGACUGAGCGGCAGAUCAAAUCCAGUUUAAGGGAGAUCAUGAUGCAGAAAGACCUCGAGAAUGUGACCUGCAAAGAGAUCCGAACAGCACUGGAAAUGCACAUGACAUGCAACCUGCGUGAGUUUAAGGAGUUCAUCGACAACGAGAUGAUUGUCAUCCUGGGCCAGAUGGACAGUCCUACAGAGAUCUUUGAUCACGUCUUCUUGGGAUCUGAGUGGAAUGCAUCCAAUUUGGAAGAGUUGCAGAAGAGUGGGGUUCAAUACAUCCUGAAUGUAACUAGGGAGAUCGAUAACUUCUUCCCCGGUGUGUUUGAGUACCACAACAUCCGUGUUUAUGAUGAGGAGGCGACAGACCUGCUUGCUUAUUGGAAUGACACCUAUAAGUUUAUAUCCAGAGCCAAGAAAGCUGGAUCAAAGUGCCUGGUGCACUGUAAAAUGGGUAUAAGUCGCUCUGCUGCCACAGUGAUUGCUUACGCCAUGAAGGAGUACGGCUGGGACUUGAAAAAAGCAUUUGAUUACGUGAAGGAGCGUCGAACUGUGACCAAACCUAACCCCUCCUUCAUGAGACAGCUGGAGGAGUAUCAGGGCAUACUGCUGGCCAGCAAGCAGAGGCACAACAAACUGUGGCGUUCUCACUCUGACAGUGAUCUAUCUGAGGCCCAUGAGCCGCUGUCCAAGUCUUACGCCCAACCACACAGCCUGGGUCACUCUGACCCGCAUAACCAGGCCAGCAGCGCGCCAAGCCCUUCUGUGAAAGAACUGCUGGAGUCACUGGGAACUCCAAUCAACAAAAGCAAAGCAACACACUCCACUAGCCAACCUGAUACAGGUAUCCAGUGCAACAAGCUCAGAUUUUCAGCCCCUGAAGGAGUGUUGGCAUCCAGCUUUGAGGCCCCUUCUCACUCUGCUGUAGUCCAGAUCAACAAGUUGGGAUCCCCCUGUCCCAAGUCGACAGCUGGAUCCGUGUCUCCCUUAUCUCCCCCCCUUUCUAAUGGCUCAUGUGACUCUGAGGAGCAGCCGUCAUCGCCUCCCCUUUCCCAGCCAAGGGCCGCCACUGUGGUGCCCGAGCUUCAGAAAACAGAUAUGGUGACUGUUGCACAAAGUGUUUUAGUGGGCCAGCCUCACCCGCCUCCAUCCUUCCACCACAUCCCCCUCUCCCCUGCUCCAUCCCCAACUCCAGCCUGCAUGGACGAGGUUGGCAAACCACAGGUGCUAUCCUGCUCUCUGCCUGUGAUAAAACCCAUACUUGUAUCAGUGCCUGAGCCCACGACAACACAAGCACCAAGCACGCACCAAGCAGGACCCCAAUGUCUGUCUGCACCAGUGCCUGUCAAAAAAACAGUCUCUGACCAACAGAUGUGUAUAGUAGCCCAUUCUUCCUCCACUAGUGAUUUGAUCAGCUACCCCAGUGCCAUUCCACAGGACAGUGAGAUGUUGUUUGGACACAGUGCAGACCACAUCAACUUUUUCAGUGCCAGGGAAAAGUUUAAAGGAAUGAGUCAAGAUGGUAAAAGUCACUGUGCUGCUGUACAGCAGCCGCCCCAGCCGAAGAGUUGUGGAAAGGAACAGCAACCUCCACUUCAGGAGGUCCCGAUUAGUGGCGGGAAGGAGGAAGGAAAAUUGAAGGAAAUGAUGGUUCCUGUGCAGAUCACAGAGCACGCAUCUCAAGGCCUUCUUAGUCAACCAGCACCUCAGGGCCCCGAGGACCAGGAAGCUAGGAAGUUGAGGCAGGAAUCGGAGGUUGCAGAUGUUUUGAUAAACAAGGAAGCUGAGAAUGUUAAAGAGGAAGUGAGGAACAAAGAAGAGGAGGAGGAGGCAGAUCCUGCUUGUCUCCACAGCGACUUGACAAGGGUGUCCGUGCGACGUGUCACCAAACAGCUGGAGCAGAUAAUGAAACAGGAGCAUGAGACGCCAUCACUCUCCUCAUCUCCACCAUCCCUCUCAAGCAGCGUAUCUUCUUCUCGGCGGAAUCCACCUAGUGUCACCCCUUUUACAAUGUCUAGUACCCAGGAUACAGCCGUUGGUUCACAGGUGUCAGAUGUUAGCAGCAUGCAGGAGGAGCAAGAAGAUGUGAUGGAUGGACCAGUUAAGAGGGACAGUGGAGAUUUAAUUGAGUUGAGUGAUCUAGGAAAUACUCACAGAAGCACAAAAGGACAAAAACACCAGCCUGCUGAUACUAGAAAGCUCUCUACCUCUUCCCCUUUCCUCAGCUCUGCCCACUCCCCAUUUGCCUCAGUGAACUUCCUGUGUUUGGAGGGCGUGACAGAGCUCGAGUCAGGCACAGACUGGGAGUGCUCCACAGAUGGACCUCAAGGUGACAUUAUCAUGAGGGAGACGUGGGAGACAUUGUGCGAGCUCGGUGCCUUCCUGCAGCAGGUGAGCAUGGGCGGAAUCUGCUGUGUGGACCAGGUUUUUGGGCUCAGUGCUGGAACCACUCCAAAGCGAGGCAGCAGCAUCCAGAAAAGGGUCAGAGAAGUGGAAGCCAGGAUUCGCCAGGCUGGACUGACCCCCCCGUCUCUUAUGAAGCGCUCAGCCUCUUUGGCAAAACUGGGCUGUCUGGAGUUGCUCGCAAAUGACCUGAGUGAGUGGGAGCUCAGCCGCACCUCGGUAGCUCCAUCUACAGCAGAACCUUCAACCCACUCCGUUAGCGACGAGUCUAAGAAACAGCGGGUCCACAACUCUCCCCCCUUAGCCCAACAGCAACCAGAAAGCCUUGUUAUUGAUGCAGAGAGCCUUGAUAAGGAUCAUGAAACCUCUCCACCUGCACAACCUCCAGCAUCAUAUCCACAGGGACUACCUAACUCUGACCAAGACUCUCUGCAUUUACCUGGGCUGAUGCUAAUGACAGCAAGGCAGCAAUAUGGAAGGACUCAUCCCCUGAGGCGGCUUAAAAAAAGAACUGCUAGUAGUACCCUUUACCACACCAUGUAACCCUCACCAUGUGUGUUUGUGUUUUGUGUGUGUGUGUGUGUGUGAGAGGGAGAGAACGAGAGAACGAGCACAAAUCAAGUGCAUAUGUUUGAUUUAUUCAGCGAAAACAAACCAGUGCCUCUUGCCUUAAAGGAUGUGUUAAGUUGUUUCUUAUCUGUAUGCUUUUCCCAUGAAGAUCUGCGAUAUGAGGCUCAGUGAAUGAACAGUGAAAAGGCUAUGAUGGUUGUGUUCAUUGAAAUAGGGGAAAUUGGAAGAAUGAUGGGUUAUCAACAUUUUUCAGAAAGGAGCAAAAACAAUCAUUCCAAUGACCAUCGUGUUUCCGAUGCUAACAGCCUGAGCCUGCACAUAUUCAAUCAUGGCUGGUUUCACAGUUAUCAACUUGAUAUAAAUGUACUUGAUCUCUGUUGGUUGGCUGAAUAAUCCAACCUGAUCUUAGGUGGAAUGUAGCCUCUGUUAUCCACUUCUUGUCUUUUCUUGUCUCAUCAUCAAAAUGUGCUUGUUGUACUGGGUUGCAAACAAAAAAAAAAAAAAGAUGCAGUUUUCUUCUGGUACAAUCUGAUGUGUAAAUUAACUGGCUGACAAAACAAACCUUCACAAUCGGUUCAAAAUGUACAUGUAAAGAUGAAGUUGGAAUGAUUUAUCAGAGACUUUGUCUUGAGACCUUUUUUGCUAGCAGCAGUGUAUCCAAACCAUAGACUGUAUACACAAAGGGACAGCAUGCCUCAGCCUCCUUCCAUUGAACAGGAUGAAGCCAGAAUAUCAACAUUGCGCUGCUUCCACUAAAAUUAAACGAAAAUUGGCAGAUGAAAUGGCAAGAAAUCCCUCAGGUGGGUACAGUCCACAGUGGAACAGAUUUUUGUGCCGAUUUGAAGCAGACACUCAUUUAUGUAAAUUAAAUGACUCUUGUGUUGGUGUUCAUUUACCUUUACUUUAGCUGUUUCUGCUGUACUCUGUUAGUCUGGUGCCCAGUGCUGCAGGACAGCAUUCAUCAACAGAGUUUCAAUCAUGGCAGUUAAUGCUGGUUCUAGCAUCAAAAUAAUUCAAAAGAAACAUCUGUGAAACAGGAUGACUUGAACACAAAACAGCAUGAUAAUGAUAAAUAUCAUGACUAAACCAGAGUGAAGAAAAAUGUAUCUGACGGGCAUUUAGAGUUUAUAGUUUGACACAUUUCCUAUCUGUUUACUCUGUUAAUAGAGGCCGGUUUGUGACCUAUUCAACAGGAGUUUUACAUCUUUUGACGCCUUCACUCCCGGACAGCUGUUUCUCCGUCCAUCUUAAUAUGCAGUCUAUAAUCCAAGCACAAAAGAGAUCAGCUAAAACCACAGCCACAUCAGAUGAGUCGCUUUCUCAGAAAUGUGUAUCCAGAGAUGGCAACAGGAAUAUCAACUGAAAACGUUUGCAUAGCUGUAAAGAACUUUGUUGAAACAAGUGUGUGAGAAAAA